AUGGCAAUGGCAACCUCACCUCACUCUCUCCUCCUCCAAAACCCAAAUACCCAAUUCCUCAAAAACCCCAAAAUACCCUUCACCACCAUCCCUAUGACCUCCACUCGUCUCACCACCACCCUAAACCCCAACAAGGCCAUCUCCGUCAAAUGCUCAGCCACCACGACCCACAUCCAGGAUCGCCCACCGGCCCAGCCCCAGUCCCAAGAUCGGGUCUUCAACUUCGCCGCCGGACCCGCCAAUCUACCCGAGAACGUCCUCUUGAAGGCCCAAUCAGAGCUCUACAACUGGCGCGGAUCUGGGAUGAGCGUCAUGGAAAUGAGCCACAGAGGCAAAGAGUUCCUCUCUAUAAUCCAGAAGGCGGAGGCGGACCUCCGAACCCUUUUGAAUAUCCCACCGGAAUAUUCCGUAUUGUUCCUCCAAGGCGGCGCCACCACCCAGUUCGCCGCCAUACCUCUAAAUCUCUGCAAACCCGACGAUAGAGUUGAUUACGUGGUUACUGGUUCGUGGGGCGACAAGGCCUUCAAGGAGGCCCAGAAGUAUUCUCAGCCCAAGGUGAUCUGGUCCGGCAAGUCCGAGAAGUACACACAGAUCCCAGCUUUUGAAGAAUUGGAGCAGAGCCCAGACGCCAAGUAUUUGCAUAUAUGCGCCAAUGAAACCAUCCAUGGGGUCGAGUUCAAGACCUACCCAACUCCCAAAAAUGGCCUCUUGAUUGCGGAUAUGUCCUCAAAUUUCUGCUCCAAGCCGGUGGAUGUGUCCAAGUUUGGGAUCAUCUAUGCUGGGGCUCAGAAAAACGUGGGCCCAUCCGGAGUGACCGUUGUGAUCAUCAGGAAGGAUCUGAUUGGCAAUGCUCAAGAGAUCACGCCUGUGAUGCUGGACUUCAAGAUUCAUGAUGAGAACAAGUCUCUGUACAACACACCACCAUGCUAUGGUAUUUACAUGUGUGGGUUGGUGUUUGAGGACUUGCUGGAGCAGGGUGGUUUGGGUGAGAUUGAGAAGAAGAACAAGAGGAAGGCUGAUCUUUUGUACAACGCCAUUGAUGAGAGCAAAGGGUUUUACAGGUGCCCAGUUGAGAAGUCUGUGAGGUCAUUGAUGAAUGUGCCCUUCACGCUUGAGAAGUCAGAGUUGGAAGCUGAGUUUGUGAAGGAGGCAGCUAAGGAGAAGAUGGUUCAGCUCAAGGGGCAUAGGUCAGUGGGAGGGAUGAGGGCUUCAAUUUAUAAUGCCAUGCCUUUAGCUGGGGUUGAGAAGUUGGUUGCUUUCAUGAAGGAUUUCCAGGCAAAGCAUGCUUAA